CUGGGUAAGCGUUUGAAAAAGCAUCUGCGCGGGUUAAUGACAAAAUAGUCAACAGCGCCAUUGACUCUGCGAACGCUGAAUACGUUUUUUUUAAAACACUGUAAACUGGCGGAAAAAAAAGCUAGACGAUGGAUGCGAUUUUGAGGAGACCAAAGGGGAAACUUGGCUACAUUAGAGAGAAGAAAAGUUUAUCUAAUCGAUGGGGACAAAUUUUGACAACUGACGAUGUUGAUAAGCUCUUUGAUGAUUUAGAUGUGUGUGCAUCCCAGACACAGCCACCAUCGGUUUUGUUUCAGAGUUCUGAGACAAUCCACAGCGAAGAACCCCUCUCUCCGAUCCUGCAGGAACAAUCCCCAACUGGAGAACUUCCCGGACACGAAAUCUCCGGGCAAUGUCAAAGUCAGAGUGGAGAUGUUCAGCUUCCUACUACAAGCUCCCCAAUACAUAAACUGGACAUUGAUCUGUGCAUCCCGUUCAAAACGUGCAGUCCGAUUAAGACCUCCAGUCCCAGAGAACACAGGAUGAGCCCAGAGAAGCUGUCCGAGGACCAGGAGGUUCAAUGCGUGACCCCGAUUCUCUUUAACGAUGUAGACGAAGCCGAAGAACUUCAUUCAGAACCCGUACCGACCCAGAGACCUCAAAGCAACACACAAGUCCCAGAGGACAGUGAUGAUUUGGAGCUGGAGUCUCCUCCUAGCAGGAUUGUCCUGACCGAGGCACUCAGCCACAAAGCAACCUUCACAAUUUCAAGUGUCAAUGAAAACGUAGAGGAAUCCAAAGAUGAGGGAAUAGAGCCUGUGGUGACUCCUACAAAAAAGGCCCAGUGCGUCUCCACUCAGCCCCUUGCAGGACCGUCUUCAGCCGUGGGAAAAGAGAUGGAUGGUUUCCUGAAGAAGCUCCAGCUGGCCAGAAUGUCCAAGCCAUCAUGUUCUCAGAUAUCUAAAGUCAAAGUGCAGCUGCCGCCUCCUCCUCUGCAGCCAGAGGAUUUUAUGAUUCUGGAAGACGAUUCACCAAUUCGCAUUUCCAUUCCAAGAAAAGCCGUCUCAAAAAAGAGACAAAGCCCGAACGAGAGCUCCAGCACCCCCAAAGAGAGCUUAACAGACGAGAGGACAAAGGAUGGUCCUGUGGACGUUCCACAAAGACCAGAAGAAGGAGAAAUGGCCAUCAGCAAACCGGACAGUCAGGCUGUUAAUCAACGGAAGAAGAAAAGCAAAAAGAAAAAUCCAGAGGUGGUUGAGCCUGAGCAUCACAAAGGGGAUUCACUCGAUCGCCAGGAUCUUCCUGCUGGCGACGCAGUGGAGCAAGAAAUGCCAACCAAGAAAAAACAACGGAGAAAAGUUUUAUCAGAGCAGAGCGACGAGCCGGAAGAUCCGCCCAGGGAUGAAACGGAACCAGAAAAAGAACCCGCCCCGAAAACCGGAGGGAAGGGUCGCGGGCAGAGCAAGGGGAAAACAUUAAAACAGAAGAAAGAAAUUACAGCAAAGGAUGGAAAAAACUCCCUAAAAGAGAAGAGAAAACAGCGCGAAGCACCUGAAGCUGCGGAGGAACAAAGCCAGGAGCAGAAUGGUCUGGGGGCAGGAGACGCUGAAGCCUGGCAUGAUGUCACAGACCAAGACGUGAAAUCUAAAGCGGAUGGAGGGGCCAAGGAAGACAUAAAGUCAGUUCCCUCCAUACGUAGUUCGUCUGAGGAUGCUCAGCUGCCUAGAAAGAGGAAGCCGCCAGGAGAGUGGUGGAAAAGCUGCCCCCAGAGCCCAGAGAGAACAGAAAAGCCCCAACCCCUCAAAAAGUCUAAACAGAAAAGCAAAGAGUCCGACCCGGCAGUACCUUUGACCUCAAAGAACAUGGAAGACAAAUCCUACGGUAGAAGAAAGGCAAAAGAUCCCGCAAAGGUGUCCAAUAGUCGUGCUAAAGAAGCUAAAGGGAAUAAAGGUAACUUGACUAAAAGGAGAAAUGAAAGAGACGAGAAAAUCAAAGAAAUGCCCGACGAAAUCCCGACAGCUGCGGCAGAGCUGGAGGAGCAGGAGAUCCCCGAUGAAGACCUCGAUCAGGAGUCAAGCCCGCUGGUCUUUUCAGAGAGACGGCACAGCCUCAACUCAAGCGAUGAGCUGUUUCAAAAAGUCUAUCACCACACCUCUAAGAAUACGGCCACGUCUACAGCCCCUGUGGCGCAGCUGCGUCAGCCACGGAAGGAGCUGAGGAACGCCGAACCAGCAAAACGCAGGAGGAAACCACCAGGAGAAUGGUGGACAGUUCCCACGGAGGCCGCCGGUUCGGAAAUAAUCUCCCCGUCGCCGAGGCGGUCCCCCACGAAGGAGCUGGGGCCCAGGCGUCAAAGGAAGCAGCCUAAACGGACAGAGGGCAACGCUGCGUCACAGACACCAGGGGGAGCUCCGGUGAUUCUCGUGAAGCCACUGUCUCCUCAAUCGACCGUCAAAAGCUCUCUCGCAGCAUUUAAAGACCUCACUUCAGUGGCGGGGACCCCCGCCGCGGCCCCCAGCAGAGACAGACAUCAGUGCAGAAGGCGUAACGUCACGUCCCGGCCCGCGCAGGAGACCGUGGACGGCGGCCCUGUAACGUGCAGCCGGUCCGACGCUGAUGGAAACGCUGGAGGAGACGGGGGCGAACGCAGCCAGGAGACCCCGCAGGACGGACGGUGUCAGGCUGAUCCUGCGGGAUGUCCUGAGGACACCAGGGCGAGAGUCCUCAUGAGCGGACCGUCCUCCAUGAUCGAGCUGCAAGAGUAUGACGAUGAAACGACUUUUACGCCACCCGGGAACCAAACCAUUCUGUCUAUGUCUGAUUUCUGUGGUCCUCCGCUCAGUUCGCUAACGCUACACUCCAGGGAUAAGGCAUACCUCACUGAAUGGAUGCAGAAUCUCUGGUCUGCGGGACCUGACCAAGGCGCUACAAUCACCCCUGACCAGUUUCAGUGGUACUUAUACAAGGACCGGGCCCUGGGUGUCCAGGUGGAAAUUAGCAACUCCUCCUUCUGUUCCGGAAAGCUGCUGAUGGGCUCGUACAUGAUGAAGCCUCUCUGGGUGGAUCACGGCGCUACCACAAUUUUCAGCUUGGUAACGGGCUCGGUGAGGGUCACCAUCGACUGCAGGGUGUCGAGCUACUGCUCUGGACAAAGCUUUCUGGUGGAGUGUGGAAGAGCCUUCAGCAUCCAGAACAACAGCCAACAGCCGGCCGUUCUCUUCUUCACCAGGAUAUUGGCGGAUAGUUUAAGCUGAACAAUUCACACUGAAAGUUGAAAUGUCUGCAAGGACUGUAAGCAGCCUGAAGAUUAGAUUGAUUUAACUGUAAAAUAUGACCUGUAAAUAAUAAUCUAUUUUUUCAGAGAAUUGUUCUGCAUCCUUUUCUAAUUUAAUCAGUUCUGUGUAAGAAGCAAGAAGAUUCUGUGUAAGAAGCAAAAACAAAAGACAGUUUUAAAUAAAGUAGUGCUCUGCUUGUAUUGCUCCCCCUCAUUUUUGUCAUAAUUUUACAUGUGAUGUUUUUUUUUUUUUUUUGUCAAAUGAAAUACAGAGGAGAUUUAUACUUUAAGUUCA